AUGUCAGAAAGCCUCUACUCAGAAGAACUGAGGGCAGUGCCUCAGGACCAGCGACUACGGUCGGAAGGUCAAUGGAGAGUCUGGAUAGGCCAUAUACGAUCAGCAGCUAUCUCCGAAGAUGUGUGGGAAUACUUGAAUCCAGAUCUUUCCGAAGAGAGCGUACGACAGGUUCCGGAGGCCGCCCAAGAGCCUCAACCUAGCAGUAUUCGCGAAGACGUGGAGGAUGAGUUUGAACUCACAGAGAAGGAAUUUACCCAGUGGACUCGACGCAUUCAAGCCUACGAUAGGCGUGAGAGUCAACGGGUGCGUCUGCUGAAGGUGAUGGCACGCAUGAACAGUCUAAUCACACGUUCUCUCGCAACCGAGUAUCACUAUCUCACUGUCGAUGAGGUUUCGCCGCAUCAGAAGCUUGUCAGGCUAGCUCGUGAAUUCAAGCCAAAGCCAGAGACCCGGACCGAAGAGCUUCGAGUUGCGUGGAGAGCCAUGAUCAAACAACCAGCGAAUAACGUCAAUACAGAUCACUGGCUCACUCAGUGGACGAGUCUAUGGACGAGUCUAUAUGAGGAAGCAAAGUGUGCAGAUGUACCUGAUGUGGUAUACAAUGUCAAGUACGCUAUCCGAGACUUCCUGCGCGCUAUUCAGCCUAUAGAUGACGUAUUCUGUACCGCGUGGCAGGAGAAAAUCCUCAUACACGAUAUAUCCUUCCAUGACGUUAUCUCCUCAUACCGAUCACGUCGUAAGGCUCUUGGACAGUCAGCGAAGAAGGGAUCGUCGAAGGUUGCACUUGCCACGCUAGAUGGUCAGCAUGAGGCGAGACUUGGUCAAAAUAAGUCCAAACCACCGGAGAAAACGUACCGUACACGGUGCCCGUGUGGUAAUGGCGCCCAUACGUAUCAGCAGUGCUACUAUCUCAACAAAUCGCUGAGGCCAGAAGGCUGGAACCCGAACGAAGCUGUGGAGAAGAAAAUCCCUGAAUUCAUCAAGAGGAUGAGUCUCCAGGACCAGGAAGCCAUCGCAAAGCUAACCAAGACCGAGUCAGCUCAGUUUGCAGCCUCAGAAGAUCAACGGUCGAUCGCACAGAUCAUCUCUAUGUUUUCGCAUGAUCUUGCGGUACAAGCGGCGCAAGAGGGUGAUGAGUUUCCGCUAAAGAGUAGCUGGAUCGUUGAUACCGGCGCGAAUACUCACAUCAGCAACGAUCGCGAGAGAUUCGUCUCAUUCACUCCUGCUGACUACACUGUCAUCACCGGAGACGCUUCUACAAGAAUUCAAGGCUUUGGAACGGUGAGAGUGAACCUCACAGACCCCGAGACCGGAAAGACCUCUAUCGGAGAGGUCUCGGACGUACGGUAUUCGCCAGGAUUCCACACGAACCUACUAUCCGCGUCGAGACUGAAGAGCAAGGGAUUCAUCAUGAACAUCGAGUUACUAGCACUCGUUCACUGCGGUCAGCCUAUUGCAAAGCUCGAGGAGAAAUGUGGGCUAUACGUACUCGAAUACCGGCCAAUUCCGGCUGGGUUCGCGACAGUCAAGCAUUCACAAAAACCACUAAUAUCCUCAGCCACGGCCGAGCGUUGGCAUCAACGCCUAGGUCAUAUGUAUGAUCAGCGUAUCCAGAAACUUGCAGAACUCGUUGAUGGAAUCAAGAUCACUGGUCAACAUAUCGAUAAUGCUAUCAGCAAUCCUGAGAGAUGUGAAGUCUGUCAAAUGACUAGCGCAAAGCGCCAAAUCUCGAGAAGAGUUCAUGGAACCAAGUACGGCAGAUAUGGUCGAAUUCACUUUGACCUUGUGCGGAUCGAGACAGCAUACAACGAUGAUAAGUGGAUGACACACUUCUACGUCGAAGGGAUACGCUUACAUGCCGCCUCUACACACGAGAAGAAGAGUGGUUGUCAGGAUGCAGUCAAGCAUUUUGUCGCGUUCGCAAUAACACAAUUGAAGCUGCCAAUUCGAGCCUUUCGCUAUGAUAACGAGCGCGCUGCCGGCCGCACGGUAGAAGAUUUCCUUCGUGAAUGUGGCUUCAUCGUGGAACACAGUGUGGUGGGCACACCAGAGAUGAACAGCUUCAGUGAACGAUCUGGGGGGGGCCUUCCGAAGGCUCUCUGGUCAGAAGCCGUCAAAGCAGCUAUAUACAUCAUCAACAGAUCGCCCACUAAGCUUCCAAACGGUCAGUGGAUUAUUCCAUACGCUGAGGCAACAGGAAUCGACCACGCACAGCCAAAACAGCGCAUCAACCUCUCAAAUCUGCGGCUAUACGGAUGCCGCGCUUACGUGCGCCGCCAGGGUAUUCCAAAGAGCCACAAGAUGGAGCCGCGCGCGGAUAUCGGAUAUUUAGUAGGCUACACAGCCUCGAACAUCUGGCGAGUGUGGUUUCCGCACAGAGGAGCCGUGCGAGAAGUCAGGGACGUAGUAUUCGAUGAGAAUCUACGAUAUGACCCCAAAGAACUAGAAAAGCCACCUAUUAGCGACGUAAUCGAAGCUAUGCCAUGGGAAAUCGGUGAAGACGAGCAUGAGGAUAUCGAGCAGCUCACACAGCUUGUCAAUCAGCCAGAAACAAACGAGCCAGCUAGUAAAAGCACUCAGCAGUCGCCAGAGGCCAUACCGGACGUUCAACGCCAGGAAAAUACCUUUGAACCACCGAAGUCACCGGGCCAACCUCAACAGACGGUCACACCGUCUCUAACGCCCUCGGCAGAGCCACAGCUUCUGCCGGCGCCUCAGGCGCAGCAAUCAUCUCAAGGAGCAUUUCCCGGGGAUCGAGGGCCCGCUCAACGUGAGACAGCACGUUCAAGAGCACCAAGAGAUAUCGUGGGAGAUGUAUCGGAUCAAAACAUCGUCACUGGAGCACGGAACAGGAAACCAGUGGACCAGGCAUUUACCGCCGUGCUAGAAGAGCCAGAAGACUAUCAUGAAGGUGUCUUAGCAGCGUUCGCAACAGGACUAAACGCUCCUCACCUUCAUAACCUCGUGCACCGCGAUGAUCUGCCUUCAGAGCCUCAGAACUGGAAGGAGAUGAUCAACCAUCAAUAUCACAAGGGGUUUCUUGCCGCUGCAGGCCUUGAAGUUGACACACUCACUCGCAAAAGCACCUUCGAGCAUUCAGAUCCUACCUCUCAAAUGGGUCUUCACUUAUAA